UUUUUUUUUUUUUUUUAAUUUCUCUCUUUUGCUUCCUUAGCCUCUUCUCUUUUUCUCCUGUCGCUGUUUUCUUUUUUUCCCUCUUAUCUUUUUUCAUUGAUGCUAUCAAAUUCCAUCCUUUUGGUUUGCAUCUACUACUCAGUCUAGUAGAUACCCAGUUGGGUUUUAGAGGAAAAGGAAGAAGCCAUGGCAGCAGCGCCAAAACCAGAGGAGAUAAGCCAUCCGCCCAUGGACCAGCUUCAAGGCUUGGAGUAUUGUAUUGACUCAAAUCCAUCUUGGGGGGAAGCAAUCGCUUUAGGUUUUCAACAUUAUAUUUUGGCCUUAGGAACGGCAGUCAUGAUUCCUUCUUUUCUUGUUCCUUUGAUGGGAGGUGAUGAUGGUGAUAAAGUGAGAGUGGUACAGACUCUACUAUUCGUUGAAGGCAUUAAUACGCUUCUACAAACUCUGUUUGGGACUAGACUACCAACCGUGAUUGGAGGGUCGUAUGCGUUCAUGGUCCCCAUCAUAUCAAUCAUUCACGAUUCAUCCUUGACGAGUAUCGAGGACGGCCAUGUGAGAUUUCUUAGUACCAUGAGAGCAGUCCAGGGUGCACUAAUAGUAGCAUCAAGCAUUCAAAUUAUUCUGGGCUAUAGUCAAAUGUGGGCAAUCUGUUCCAGGUUCUUCAGCCCACUUGGAAUGGUUCCAGUUAUAGCACUAGUGGGUUUUGGUCUUUUUGAUAGAGGCUUCCCUGUGGUUGGACGUUGUGUGGAAAUUGGCAUUCCCAUGUUGAUCUUAUUUGUUGCCUUCUCUCAGUACUUGAAGAAUUUUCAUUUCAGACAAUUGCCAGUACUGGAGAGGUUUGCUCUUCUUAUAUGUGUUACGGUGAUAUGGGCUUAUGCUCACCUGUUGACAGCCAGUGGUGCAUACAAACAUCAUCCAGAACUAACCCAGAUAAACUGCCGAACCGAUAAGGCAAACCUCAUAUCUUCUGCUCCAUGGAUAAAGAUUCCUUACCCCCUUCAAUGGGGUGCUCCUACUUUUGAUGCUGGUCAUGCUUUUGGAAUGAUGGCUGCUGUUCUAGUCUCAUUGAUUGAGUCAACUGGAGCUUACAAGGCUGCAUCACGCCUAGCAAGCGCUACACCUCCUCCGGCUCAUGUUCUUAGUCGUGGAAUUGGCUGGCAAGGCAUCGGCAUCUUACUCAGUGGAUUAUUUGGGACGUUAAGUGGCUCAACAGUCUCUAUAGAAAAUGUGGGGUUGCUGGGAAGCACCCGAGUUGGAAGCCGCAGGGUGAUUCAAAUAUCAGCUGGUUUUAUGAUAUUUUUCUCCAUGUUAGGAAAAUUUGGAGCAUUGUUUGCAUCAAUACCAUUUACCAUUUUCGCUGCUGUGUAUUGUGUUUUGUUUGGUCUUGUAGCUUCUGUCGGGCUGUCGUUUUUGCAAUUCACAAACAUGAACUCGAUGAGAAAUCUUUUCAUCGUGGGAGUAUCCCUCUUCUUAGGUUUGUCUGUUCCAGAGUACUUCAGGGAAUACACGGCCAGGGCUCUUCAUGGUCCUUCUCAUACCAAGGCUGGAUGGUUCAAUGAUUUCCUAAAUACAAUCUUCUUUUCAUCGCCAACUGUUGCGUUGAUUGUGGGGGUGCUGCUCGACAACACUCUUGACUACAAGGACAGCGCCAGAGAUAGAGGGAUGCCAUGGUGGGUUAAAUUCCGGACAUUCAAAGGAGACAGCAGGAAUGAAGAAUUCUACACCCUCCCUUUCAACCUCAACCGUUUCUUUCCACCUUCUUGACUUGACCAAAAAUCCUGUGCUAGUUUUGUUUUGCCUUGCAGAGAAAUCAUAAAAUUUCUCUACCUUUUUCAUAGCUUAUGUGUAAAUUUGACUCUCAUUAGUGGGGUUUAAUCCAAUAUUUUAUUGAUUUA